AUGCCCGGAUUACCAUCUAGUAUCGACCUAGAUGAGUGCAUCGAACGGCUCUACAAGAAAGAACUCCUCGCAGACUCAGUCAUUGAGGCAAUAUGCGCCAAAGCGAAGGAAUUGUUGAUGAAGGAGAGUAACGUUGUCCACAUUGCUGCUCCGGUAACUGUCGUUGGAGAUAUACACGGUCAAUUUUUCGACAUGAUCGAGAUAUUCAAGAUAGGCGGUUUCUGUCCCAACACAAACUACCUUUUUCUGGGGGAUUAUGUCGAUCGUGGGUUGUUCAGUGUGGAGACAAUUUCUCUGCUGGUCUGCUUGAAGCUACGAUACCCACAACGUGUUCAUUUGAUCCGCGGAAAUCAUGAGUCUCGAGGUGUCACACAGUCAUACGGUUUCUACACGGAAUGCGCUCGAAAAUAUGGCAAUGCCAAUGUCUGGCAUUAUUUCACCGAUAUGUUUGAUUUCCUCACUUUGAGUGUCGUCAUCAAUGACCAGAUCUUCUGCGUGCACGGCGGCCUUUCACCGUCUAUCCACUCUAUAGAUCAAAUCAAGAUCAUCGACCGGUUCCGGGAGAUACCACAUGAGGGACCCAUGGCUGAUUUGGUUUGGUCGGAUCCGGAUACGGAACGUGACGAAUUUUCUUUAUCUCCGCGAGGUGCGGGUUAUACAUUUGGUGCCCAGGUCGUUCGGAAAUUCCUCGAAGUUAACAGCAUGUCGCACAUUCUUCGGGCUCAUCAGUUGUGUCAGGAAGGGUACCAGAUCCUAUACGACGAUCGUCUCAGCACGGUGUGGAGUGCACCCAAUUACUGCUAUAGAUGUGGAAACCUCGCCAGUGUCCUCGAAGUAAGCGAUUCGGGUGAAAGGUUCUUCAACAUUUUUGACGCAGCUCCGGAAAACGACAUCCAUCGCAGCGAGCAGCAAGCACAGCAGAAUAAGGACGGACAGAGCCCUGUGAUUGACUACUUCUUAUGA